UCCCGCUCCCCGCGGAUGAGUCUGUCUGCCCGGGGGCUGCGCCCCCUGUACCCGUCUCCAGCGGGGGCUGCGGGGGCCGGGCCAGGCCGGUGUGGGCCGGCGCUGCGGGAGGCUGCGGGGCCGGGCCGGCGCUGCGGAGCCGCCCGCUCCCGCCCCACCUCCGCCCGCCAGCCCGCACCGUUGAGGGGCAGCGGCGGGAGCGGCGCCACCGGGAUGCGGCGCGGAGCGGGGCCGGGGCCGCGAUGGCUGCUGCUGGCGGCCCUGCUCGGAAGCCUGUGCUGCGCCGCGGCGGGCGGCGGGCGGCGGCGGGCGGCCAGCCUGGGAGAGAUGCUGCGGGAGGUGGAGGCGCUUAUGGAGGACACGCAGCACAAGCUGCGCAACGCGGUGCAGGAGAUGGAAGCUGAAGAGGAAGGGGCAAAAAAACUGUCGGAAGUAAACUUUGAAGACUUACCUCCCAACUACCAUAAUGAGUCCAACACGGAAACCAGGAUUGGUAAUAAAACUCUUCAGACGCAUCAAGAAAUUGAUAAGGUUACAGAUAACAAAACUGGAUCAACAGUUUUUUCUGAGACAGUUAUUACAUCUAUAAAAGAUGGAGAAAACAGAAGAAAUCAUGAGUGUAUCAUUGACGAAGACUGUGAAACAGGGAAAUACUGCCAGUUCUCCACCUUCGAAUACAAGUGCCAGCUCUGUAAAACCCAGCAUACACGCUGCUCCCGGGACGUGGAGUGCUGCGGGGACCAGCUCUGCGUUUGGGGCGAGUGCAGGACAUCCACUGCCAGAGGAGAGAACGGCACCAUCUGUGAGAGCCAGCACGACUGCAACCCUGGGAUGUGCUGUGCUUUUCAGAAAGAACUGCUGUUUCCUGUGUGCACUCCACUACCUGAAGAAGGUGAACCCUGCCACGAUCCUUCAAACAGACUCCUCAACCUGAUCACCUGGGAACUGGAACCUGACGGCGUCCUUGAGCAAUGCCCAUGUGCGAGUGGCUUGAUCUGCCAACCACAGAGCCACAGCACCACAUCUGUGUGCGAACUCUCCGCCAAUGAAACCAGGAAGGAUGAGAAAGAAGAUCCCUUAAUCAUGGAUGAGAUGCCAUUUCUCAGCUUGAUACCCCAAGAGAUUCUUUCAGAUUAUGAAGAAAGCAGCGUCAUCCAGGAAGUGCGCAAAGAGUUAGAAAGUCUGGAGGACCAAGCAGGGUUGGAGCCUGAGCCUGACUCAGCUCCUGACCUGUUUUUGGGAGAUGAAAUUUAAAGUUCAAACACCAGACCGUUUAGUUAGUUAUUUCUAGAUUUUUUCAUCUAGUGUCUUGCUUAUAUAAACCCUGAACACAUACUGUUGGAUAGAAGUGCAAUAAACAAGGUCUCCAACGAGCAUCCUUUCCUGUGUACCACACCUGCAUGUUCACAUGAUUGCUAAAUUCAUUCAGUCCUUGGACCAAACCUUCUGUCAAAGACAAAUAAGAAAUGUAUCAGUGUUUCUUCUGGAUUAGUACUUUCCCCUUGUACAUUAGAAAUAAAUUUAUCGGUACUUGUACUCAUUAAAAAAAUACACAUAAGCAUAAAAAAAAUCUUAAGUUACUAGUGACUGUAGAAGUGACUUUUAAGUAUGUAUCUUUAGAGUCAUUUAUUUUUCUAGAGUAAGAACCAUCUACUUAACUGAUUUAGUCAUUGAUUUUAAGCAAUGGUACAGUGGGUGUCCUCAUCCUUGCCGCAGCCUGUGUCACUGCAGAGCUGCUGUUCCGUAGCCGGAGUAUCCCUUGAGUUUUAUACUUGUAUACACAAUGGCUGUUGGCUUCCCCUGCUACAUGAGGGGCACACUAACAAAAACAAAGCCUACAACAUUCUCCAUAGAAGUAGCAAAUUGUAUGCAUAUACUUACAUCCAUAGAGCACACUGGUUUCUGUAUAGAAACUUGCAACUUAACUGUUGAGAGCUCAUAUCUCUCAAGGUAAAAAUAUACUAUUUAAAACUGGAGAACAAACAGCCCAGUGGGCUGGAUACAAAGAAUCUAGGUUCUCUGUUAAACACAAAAUAUGUAAACAUUGAUAGAUAGGAGAAUAGUGCAGCUGCAGUUACAAGACUGUGCCUAAGCUAAAGCUAAACACAGUGCCACGAGUAUGGCAGCAUUCUGCGCUCCAUGAACAUACUUUCUUAGAUAACAUGGGUUAAAGGAUCUGUUAACAGACUAUAUUCCAUCAUCACUCACCCUUUUUGAGAGGUAGAGGCAGAGAACAUAAAUUAAUUGCUUUACUUUAGCAGUAAGACAACCUAAAUAAAUAGCUUCUUGCACUUAGACGCUUCUGCUUCUCCUGCUUGAUUAUAUUACAUCCAGAGACAACUGAAAAAUGCUUUUAAUACACUUCAUAGGCAUAAAUCUGUGCAUGUUACAAAAUGUUGUUAUCGUUACCAGCUUAACAGGUUAUUGAUUUAAGAAAUCAAUAGCUAAGAGUAAAAUCCGAUCCGCACAACUCGCUGGCCGCCAGCUAUCACAGCAGCUUGCUACAGUGGCUCUUCCACUGUUGUUUUUUGGGGAUAGAGAGUUCAGCAUCUGUUAUUGCACAUGCUAAAAGAUGACGGGAGACUCCAAGCCAAAGAACUUUUCAUGGAGCUUCUUCCCAAAUAAUUCCUACUGCCUAUAUCCAGUUUGGAACAGCAGAGCUGCUGGACUGUGCUACCAGCCUGCAAGUCCUUCACCACUUCUGGUCUAUGAAAGCUUUGCAGCAAAUUCCUUGGGUACCUACCAGAAUUAAUGUUAAUAGCCAUGAUUAUCAUUAUGAACAGGAAAGAUAUUUCAUCAGAACAGUCUUUGUUUCAGGAUUCAUUUCUACCACCAGGAAAUAAUUCCGUAAUUUUUCAAAUAAGAACAACACCACUUACUGAUUAAAAUAACACAACAGAAUGAACAAAUGUUUUAUUGGCAUGUUCAUUGUUGUAAACAGCAUCUGGCAUGAAAAAUUUUACCAAAAUCUUUUGAUUGUUAUAAAUUAGGUGGUUUUCCAAAAGCUACGGAGAAUUGUUCUCUAUUGAUCUUUAUGGACAAAAGCAAAAAAUUGCUGUUCCUAGGCUUUGCAAUGAAAUCAUGUUGACUGCAUCAGUCUUUGUACCACAACCUGAACUAUCAAGUUUGUACGUUGAGGUGUUAGAGGUCGCCCCAAUACUUGACUACAUUUAGCUACAGAAUCAACUCUGGGAAAAAUAAAAUGACUUUCAGUGGGUGGAGAAGAUGCAAACUUGUCAUAGUCUCAAAACCAAAAUGUACAAAAAGUAGCUGAACAAAACAAAAACUUCAGUAACAAGGGGAAACACAACCCUAAAGUACCCAGCAUCAAACAUAUAAUGAAUACAAAUUUAAAUAGGCAACUACACUUCCAAAUGUACACAAUGAAUGUUGAUAUGUGAAAAGAAAUACCAUGGUAAAUAGCUGAACUGCAGUUCUGUGAACUGGAUAGGGCAAGUUUUAUUUACACAUUGAACACAAUACAAUAGAGCUGCUCAUCGGCUUCGGUAACCUAUUAAAAACCAGUUUACCUUACAACAGCACUUCUGCAAAACGAACCAACACCUGCUGGCAGCUUUCUGCAGACACCUCUCAGGCCACCUCUUUCAUGGAAGAAUAGUCUAAAAACCUUACAGUCGCAGCACGUCCAUUUCAUCUUCACCCCUUUUCUGCUGCUUUGCUAGAACCAACAUGUUAACAUUGACUUCAGACUCUUCGAUGAGGUAAUGUGUGUAUCAGCGAAACAAAAGAGAAAAAAGGAUUCUUUCAUGGCCUUUGCACAGCUUUUAUUAUUAAGCUAUGAGUAUCCUGUUGGAGGCUAGUUUCACUAGCUACUAUGUGCACACUGUCCUCAAAGAUUUCCACUCAUUUCCCUCCCCGCCCACUUGUUACUUCUAAUCUUAUUUGCACAUCCCUUUUAGCUUUACAGUACAUUUGACUAUAGUGCACAACAUGAUUCCAAGUCGAGCAGUGACCCAACGGGGCCACUGCGCUUCUGAGUGGGAACACAGCCCAGUCAGUGCUGGUGUCAGCGCUUUACACCUAAUGAGUGUCCUGCCGUAAUGGCACUACACAGUAGUAGUGAACCUUUUUAUUUUAAACAAAAAAAUUCCCCAGGGAAAAUGCUAUAGCGAGUAUCAGUCUUGAGUCAAAUCUUUAUUCGGUGCUCCAUCCAGAUAAAUUUUUAGUGCUUUUUCUUUACGAGGAGAGUAGGUUACCCGGUGUCCAGUUUUCUGGAGUCUGCUGCUUUCUUUUUUCAUCAGUUCAUUUCUCUGCUCAUCUGUUAAUUCCAUUAAUUCUUCAGUUUUAUCCCU